UUACUAUAUAAGCUCGGUGCUCUACUUGCCAUAGACAUUCAACGUUCAGUUCCUGUGCUCAUACAAUUAACGAACCCAUCCGAAUACCUGCAAUUAUGAAUCAAAUUAUUGCAUUGAUGGGCUUCACUGUGUUUGCUGGAGUGGUCUCUGGAGGUCAUUACGACGAAGAUCACGGUCACUCGACCUACGAGGAGAAGUCAAAGCCAGUGGAGAUACCAAUUUAUAAAAAAUAUGCGAUCCCGAUACCUCAUCCGGUGCCAGUGGAAAUUCCUCAAAAGAUAGAAAUCCCGAUCCCGCAGCCUCACAACGUUCCUAUCGAGAUUCCUCAUCCUUACCCGGUCGAAGUCGUCAAGGAAGUUCAAGUUCCCAUCGAGAAACCAGAACCCGUUGUAGUGGAGAAACAUGUGCCUUUCGUAGUUGAGAAGCCGUAUCCAGUAUACGUGGAGAAGAAAUUCCCGAUUCCCGUUGCCAAGCCGUAUCCAGUUCAUGUUCCAGUCUACAAGCACGUAUUCCAUUACACUUCGAAGGGCAAAGGAUGGCACUAAGCUACCGUUCAGCUAGCUGCUGAUCCGCUUGGAAUCUUUUCAACGUCCGAAAAUUAUUUAAAUGAACUCAGUAAUCUGAUCUGUGCGGGUACACUCUCUUUCCAUGUAUUGGAAAUCUGUAAAUUAUUUUGUAAAGCAUGACUAUAUUUUCAUAGAUAGGAAAUCCUAUGGAUAUCCCAUCUGGGAAGAUAUAGCAUACCUGUACAGACUAGAUUGUUGACAUCCAGAUUCAUCCACGUCGAUGAUGGCGAUACUCCCUCGACGCAAACGACGUAGAUACGAGUCUCGUAUCGACAUCGUUUCGGUCGACACCAACGUUGCCAAUGCUAUUGUUAUUGUUACGAUUUUAUACACACGUUAAGUUUUCUUACUCUAGUAUCUAGUAGCGUGUUCUUUGUUAAUAAACUAUGUAUGAAAUGUCUCCUGAUGUUGAAUUAAUCAAGAUUACACCAGGGAUGGGUAACACUUUAUUCGAAUAACGGUUGGGUCGAUCGAAUAUUCCGUAAUAAGUAAAUUCGCCUUUAUUUGUCAUUCUUGACAUUCUUAUCUAGAUACGAAUCUUGUCCAUCCCUGAAUCGCACUCGAAGAUUGUUAACCGCUGACGUUCGCGUGCCUGAGUAACCCUGCGCAUGAUUCA